ACGCAUCUUCCCUGUGGAUGUAUUUUAAACGGCUGAUGUUUCUCCUAAUGGCUGAACGGAGUCAGGUUGUGUAUGUAUUUUAGAUGGUUCAUGGAAAGUUGUACUUCGCGCUAGAAAUUCAUUCAUGACCUGUGUGUUUUCCUGUCCCCUCAGUUUAUAUUUUCACCGCCAUAUUUGUAAUUAUGACUCAUUCAUAAUUUUAUCUGUGCUCUUUGGCUCUUAAAAUUGCUUAGGGUUGUUGACUUCAUUAGUUCUCUCAGAAUACUUUGUUAGCUUCUGAUUCUGUGUAUGGUUUUUUUAAAAAAAAUUGUUAAUUUUGUACUGUUUCAGUUUCUUUCUCAAUAUUUAUGAUGUUCUAUUUCCCACCUUCUAAGUCAAGUUAACCUGCUAAUUCUGAUUUUUUUUUUCCACCUCGGGGAGUUUGCCAUAUUUCUACACACACACCAGAGCAACUGUGGAUUUUCAGUGUUUUCUGAAAGUUACUCUAAUUUUCUGCUUCUAUUCUGCCACUAACCAGCUCUGGCUUGCUAAGAUAAAUACAUGUGAGUCCCUCCUAAUCCCUGUGCUGACUGAAAUAAAAGUCUCAAUAAUAGACAAAGUUUAUUAAAUAAUCAAAGUGAGGGUCAGAACCCAGGAAAACAGUCCAACAGUGUUACUCUGUGAGAACUGUUCAGCAAUCAUGAGUUUGAGCUUAGUUCGUACAGCUGGAACAGUGAGUCCCCGGCAUAAAGUAAAGGGUCACUGGGAGGAGGAGAGGCUUCUGACUGUGUUAUAGACCUCCGUCUUUUGGUUUCCUAAACGAACCUAACAGGCUGACGCUACCUCUGCACAGAGGAGGCGAAAGCUGGUGCUUAAUCACUUUCCUGAUUACUAAAAAGGCUUAGAAGCUUAGGGGGGGAGGGACCCAUUUUUAAAUCUUCUUUGGCUCCUUGUUUGCUAGUGGGGGUUCAAAGACUGGCUUGCCUUUCCCUUAUGAGCACAGCAGGUUUCUGCACAGGCUGCUUCACUGUUCUGACUUCAAGCCUGUGCACAGGGCAUGGAUCGCAAACCUAUUCGGGUGGCGGGGGUCAGGCAGCUGGCGAGCUAAGGGAGUUUCUAGACUACCUGCUAUAUGCUCACACCUACUGGGUGAUGUGUUUUUACAUAGCUUGUGUCACUGUUACAGAACCCGGCCGGAGAGUGGGCCCUUUGAUUGUUCACCAGAGCGUGCUGUGCUUCUACCAGGCAAGGUCUGAGCACGGGGGAGGCAGCGCUGAGGACAGGCCUCUGGGCUGACUGUCGAAGGGGAGCCCAGUUCUGAAGCAGUUUUUGAAGCUCUUACCUUCCUCCUAGAGCCACCUGAGUCCUCCCGGGCAGGCCAGGCCUGUUUAUCUUUCACCUCCUUGGGGGUUCCCCAGUUGUCAGCAUUGCUUGUACACCACAGGGAUGGCCCCAGAUGCCCGGAAGAGGGUAGCUGCCCGUGGGCAUGCGGCGCCCAAGUGGACAUGGCGUGAGUCAGAGCAGAGGGGGCACCACAGACUACGGGCGGACGCAGUCCCUCUGAUGUCGCUCGUCUUCCCAGCCCCAUGGCCCUCCCGCAUGGCUCAUGACUGGCCGGGCCUAUGCCCGCCCACGAUUCCCCCUCCUAACUCAGCACGCUUCAUGGACUAGAUUGAUUCUUUACUGUCCUCCCUCAAGAGAUGGAACAUCCAGGCGCUUCUGGAUAUUUGUUUCAGUCCCACAGCCUCUGGCUUCCUGUGUGAGAGCAGGGUGACGUCACCUAAUAACUAUGACACCAGGAGCAGGGGGUAAGGGUCUUGAGGAGAGAUUCUGUCCAAAAUACAGGGCUGAGUCAGCGGAAGGAGCUCAGAGACGCAACAUUUGAAUUGAAAACUUACUUUGCUCUCAGAGUGCCCGGUGGGGUUAUUACCAACCAGAGCCAGGUAGCACGAGGGAGUCAGAGCAGCAGCUGAGCCACUUGGCAUGGCUGGCCCUGAGAUCCCGCAACUGUAAACUCGCUGGAAGACAUCUGGUUUCUAGCGACUCCCUGAGAAGUAACCUCCUUGUGGAGGACUGGCUGUAUCUUUGACACUGUCCUCGCCAAGGGGCUGCUCAGCCAGCGUGUGUUAAUAACACGGGCAAGAACAUACUGCUGCUAAUGACUUCACAACACGCACUUGAUCCUCCUCAGAGAAACAGCUUGCAUUUUCAUCAUCUGACAUUGCUCGGCCCCGCCGAAAAUACUUAGAAAGUAGUCACUACUUACAUCUCUUCCCUUCAAGUCUUCUCGGUCCGCGGCUGCAGUGCUGCACGGGCCAUUGUCCACGGGGCUCACCACGCAGCCGUCUCUGCUCCUGCAUGAGAAACUCAGCUGAGGCUCCUUCUCAAAAACCAGGUUGCAGGGACUGUAGGCCCUGGGGGCCGGGAGGGGUGUGUCCACUGGUCAGGGACUGAGAACUGAUGGCUAGUUAGCCUGCUUAGGGGUGCAGAAGAAAGAAAUAUUUGCAGGGGAGCCCACUGGAGUCUGCUAAGGCAAGGUAGUGCUGUCACGGCCUUGAGGCAGACCGGACAUUCUCACAGUUGGAGGUAUUCUGAGACGGCUUUCUAUUGUUCAUGGUCAAACUCAAAUCAACAACUAAAAUUUUGAUGUAAGUGAACUUAUCUGACUUAACUCUUUUUCUUCAUCAUCAGCAAGACCCAGAACACUGUUCUCUAGAGGAGAUAAGGUUGCACUGUCUCCUUACGGGAGCCGAGGGCCCGGGGCUGUGCAUGUGUGUGCCGGGAAUGGUCACUUAUAGUGGCUGUGUUGCAGGUGACAGUGUGGGGCUGUGGUGAGAUCUGGAUUUUCAUGUCUUCCUCCUGCCUCAACUUGAACUUCUCAGCGUUCUGCCUUUCUUCAUGAAGGGAACAUGGAGGAAGAAAGAGCAACCACUGAGACACGGAACCAUAUGACACCGGACUUAGUGAUUUUUGAGGAUGUGGCUGUGGACUUCACCCAGGAGGAGUGGGCUCUGCUGAAUCUGGCUCAGAGAAACCUCUACAGAGAUGUGAUGCAGGAGACCUUCCAGAACCUGGCCUCACUGGGGUAUCUUCCGCGCACACCCUCUCUCAUCUCCCGGUGGAGACAAGAGGAAAACCUGGACAGAGAGAAGCAAAGACCUCUUCGGGGGGAGCAUCAGAAAGGUUCUGAGACCCAACUUGAAACUAUUGAAUCAGUUGUUUUGCAAGAUCUUUAUGGAGAAAAAAUACCCAAUGAACAGAAAAUAGUAACAUUCAAAAGGAAUGAUGCUUUGCCAUCCAUUCCACACAAAAACUGGGAAUACCACUGUACUGAUCAUCAGAACAAAAACCAUGAGAAACACUUGAGAGGUCCUGUAGUGGAGAAUAGCUGUGAAUAUAAUGAAAACAGUCAAGGUGGACAAACCUUCAGCCAAAUUCCAAAUCUUUGCAAACUCAAGAGAACUACUGAAGUGAAAUCCUAUGAAUGCCAUGAGUGUAAAAAAGCUUUCACUGAUCACUUGUCCCUUAAGAAUCACAUCAAGUCUCACACUGGAUGCAAACCAUAUCAGUGUAAGGAAUGCGGGAAAGCUUUUCAUUUUCUUGCUUGUUUUAAGAAGCAUGUGAAAACCCCAACCGAAGAGAAACCUUAUGAAUGUAAGGAAUGUACCAAAGCCUUCAGCUGUUCUUCAUUCUUUAGGGCACACAUGAAGAUUCACACCGGAAAGACGAACUAUGAAUGUAAGGACUGUAGGAAAACCUUUAGCUGCUCUUCGUCCCUCACAGAACACAAAAGAAUCCACAGUGGUGACAAGCCUUAUGAAUGUAAGGACUGUGGGAAAGCUUUCAGUUGCUCCUCCUCACUCUCCAAACACAAACGAAUCCACAGUGGUGACAAGCCUUACGAAUGUAAGGAGUGUGGGAAAGCCUUUAGUUCCUCCUCUCACCUUAUAAUACAUAUAAGAAUUCACACUGGAGAGAAGCCCUAUGAAUGCAAGGAGUGCGGAAAGGCCUUCAGUGAGUCCUCAAAACUCACUGUACACGUGAGAACACAUACUGGAGAGAAGCCAUAUAAAUGCAAGGAAUGUGGGAAAGCCUACAAUUGCCCCUCCUCCUUAAGUAUCCAUAUGAGGAAACACACUGGAGAGAAACCCUACGAAUGUCUGGAAUGUGGAAAAGCCUUCUAUCUUCCCACUUCCCUUAACACACAUGUGAAAAAUCAAAGUAGGGAGAAACCCCAUGAAUGUAAGGAAUGUGGGAAAGCCUUUAGCUGUCCUUCCUCCUUCAGAGCACACGUGAGAGGCCACACAGGAAAAAUACAGUAUGAAUGUAAGGAGUGUGGGAAGACCUUCAGUCGCUCCUCAUCCCUCACUGAACACCUCAGAACGCACAGCGGAGAGAAGCCUUAUGAAUGCAAGGAGUGUGGGAAAACCUUUAUUAGUUCCUCCCACCUUACAGUGCAUGUCAGAACUCACACUGGAGAGAAGCCGUAUGAAUGUAAGAAAUGUGGAAAAGCCUUUAUUUAUCCCUCAGCUCUUAGGAUCCACAUGAGAACACAUACUGGAGAGAAGCCCUAUGAGUGUAAAGAGUGUGGGAAAGCCUUCCGCCAUUCCUCAUACCUUACUGUGCAUGCCCGGAUGCACACUGGAGAGAAACCCUUUGAAUGUCUGGAAUGUGGGAAAGCUUUCAGUUGCCCCUCAUCCUUUCGAAGACAUGUUAGAAGCCACACUGGAGAGAAACCAUAUGAAUGUAAGGAGUGUGGGAAGGCCUUUGUUUGCCCUGCCUACUUUCGAAGACAUGUGAAAACUCACACCAGAGAAAAUUAAAAUAUUAAAGUAAGAACUAUAAGAAUGCCUGCAAGAAUUUUUCUAAUCUUAACCUAUGCUGUCUCCAUGAAGUCACCUUAUGAAUGUAAAAAAGUAGGAAGCUUCAUAUUUUUGAGGUGUUUGAGAUCUCACAACUCAGUGCUGUGUGUGCAAACCAUGGACCUCACUCAUUGUGUAUUAUAAAAGUCAUACUGGAAGCAAAGCCUCACCUGGAAAGUGGACUGCUGACUCAUUGAUUUCCAGAUUUUAUUUUCUGGUGUGACUAUUUAAGGUGAUUAAUUUCCUUUGAACACCUUUUUAGCUCUAACACAUGCUUUACUUUGAAGUGCUUUUAUUUUGGUUCAGAUGUAAAUUUUAGUUGCAUUACAGUCUUUGGGAUCCAAUUGGGAUUCGAAGUGUAUUUUCAAGUGGAGGCUGGGGUACUUUUUUGUAUUAGCUUCUAAUUAUAUUCUUACUAACCCAUUGAUCUCGUUAGUGUGCAGUCGUUAUGGUAUGGACACACUGGUGUUUGUAUUUUCUUUUGUAGUUGGUGAUUUUAUUUUCAUCUAGCUUGGCAGAUGCUGGAACUUGCCUUCCCGAUAUUUUCCCUCUUUUUUUUUUUUUAGUAAGAGAACCUACGGUUUUUGAGGUUUUUGAGGUUAUCGGUUAUUAAGAACUUUCCUCGUAAGUAAUUUUAGCAGAAAUUAAUAAGUGCAAGGGUUUUGAAAGAAGAGACUCUACUUCUGUUAAGGCUUUUAUAUUCUUACAUGCAUUAAGUGUGCAUUAAGCUUUAAGUGUAUCGUUUGAUGCAAUUUCACAUGUAUGUAUACAUCCCGGUAAAUGUAGAACAUUCCCCUUUCCUGUAAUGGUUUGCUUUUGACCUCAUUUAUCACUAAAUAAUUGGGAAAGAGUAAAAAAAAGUCUAGUAUUCGAGGAAGUUAACUUACUUUUUUCAGUAAUUGCUUUAGGCAACCAUAGUUUUUACUUUUGUUACAAUUUAUUGGGUUUGCUUGCUCUUGACUGAUGUACACAUGCGGAAAUACAGUAUUUGUGCAUAUGUAGUUAUGAAUUUGGCUUUUCUCAGCUUGCAUAGUUUGCCUUUUAAUUACCCUUGGCACAUAUUUGUCUUGGUGUAUGAUUGUUUCUAGGAAAAAGAUUACUGAUUCAUAGGAUAGACUUUGUUUAGAUGUGGCAGGUAUUUCAGUUUUUCAAAAAGGUUGAUUAACCUAUAAGCCUAGAUGCAAUGCAGGAAAAUCCCAGUUGUUCUACACACAUGGUCAACACUUUCUAAUUUUAGCUGUUCAUCAGGGUAUGUGUUGAUAAUAUUUUGUUUUUAAUUUUCAUUUACCUGGUAUUUAAUAAUUUUGAAUACUUCCUAUGUUUGCUCAGUAGUUUUUUUAAAGAUUUAUUUAUUUAUGCAUAUAAGAGGUGGGGUACAGGCCAGAGAUAUGGGGGGUAAGGGAUUGACCAGAGACAGAGUGGGGAACAGAGCAGGCAGACCGAUUGAAAUCCACUGCUGAGGGGAGCAGCGGAGACAGGAGAGGUCUGCUGUGUCAUGUGGGCUGCUCCUUGGCCGGCUGGGGAUCAAACUUGUGCUGCAGAGGCUGCGGAUUGCUUGAUAGUGUGGUGCUUAACCCCUUGAGCCACCAGGGAGGCCAUGUUUGUUCAGUAUUAAGAUAUCUUAUGAGGACACCUGUUCAAGCAUUUCACCCACUUUUGAGUCCUUAUUUAUUUGCAGAGCUUUCUUUUGGCUGCUUGCUUUUAAUUGUAGUAUGUGUAUUGCCAUACCUAAUUACAUAUACAUGUAUAUAUAAAACAUUAUAUGUUAUAUAUACAUGAGUUAUGGCAUGUGUAUGCAUAUGUAUUGCAGAUUAACUUUCCCAUCUCUGGCUUGGCUUUUCAUUCUUUUAUUUUUGUAAGCCGUGAAGGGAAUUUAUUGGCUUGAUGAAUGAGAAAUUCCUUCGUAUAACUAGAUUCAGGUCUGGCUGGAUACUGGAGCUAAAAACAUGUUAGCUGGAUGUUUCCUCUUGACUAUGUAUUUCCUACACUAGUUAUUCUUCCUGACAGGCUAUUUCUCUCCAUAGUGGGCCUGAGAGAACCCAGGCCACUUUCUUGGUUGAAGUCUCAGAAAGAGAGUAUCUUUAUCAAAAGUUCCAUGUCAUUAUGACAGUUGAGUCUCUUGACUCACUUGCUAACCAUUAUGAAUUGCUGUGGCCAGAGAAAAUAUUUACCCUGCUCAUUCAGGGACCAGCGAAGUGUCUGCGUGUCCUGGUAGUUGUGAUGUGUGUGUGGGAGAAGCAGCAACGGGCAGUUGUGAUCUAGAAAUAGCUCUAAUAUCACCAAUUAGCACUUUGUUUUCAGUCUGGGUUAGUAAGGGGCGGGAACUAUGAAUUCUGGAACCUAGCCUGGUCUAAGUAAUUCAAGACAUUCAGAUAGGUUAGAUGCCAUCUGUUCAUUUGCUUUAGAUUGCUGAAGAUGUCAUCUCAAUCUUCACUGUUGCCUUGUAGAUUUUUCUGGGAAAAUUUGUAGUGAGAACCUUCCAACUUUUUAAUUCUUCAUUUUCCAUUUGUUUCUGUAUUAGGCUUAGAAUCUGCCCCUUAACAGUUUUUACAAAUGAAUCUUCUGGGAUUAUACUGAGGACUGCAUUGAUGUCACAGAAUAAACUUAAUAAAAUUGACACUUAAAUGACUUAGUCUGCCAGUUGAUGAACUGAUGUAAUUGCCUGUUUAUGCUGAUCAUCUUCACUUUCCCUUAAUGUUGUCUUAUAGUUCUAAUUCUACGUAAGCAAUAUGUUUUACCUUUGUAAACAUUUUUAUUUCAUUUUUCUAUUUUUUGACUAGCACAUAGACUUGAAAUAUUUUUGUACACUGAUCUUAUAUCCACUGACAUUUAUAAAUCAAUUAUUUAUUCAAAUA